AUGGGCGCCCAACCAUCUAAGCCAACACUUCAUGAGAAGGCUAUAUUUGAGUGUCUUCACAAUCUUCAAAUGCAGGAUGACGAAGAGUUCAUCGAGAUCAGUAACAACGCCGAAAAAAAACCCCUAGAGCCUCUCAUUCGAGACGCACAGGGCCUCUCGAUCGAUGUGCUUGAAUCAUGGCAGGCUUCCGUUCUUAAGGAUCCCAAGAAUAAACUUGCCCUCACCGCGCUGAGCUCAGCCAACCCAAGACAGGUUCUAACUUCAUUGCCUACCGAAAUCGCGGACCAGCAGAUAUUCAACGUCAGGAUCCCAUUCGAAGGCGACCCUAUCACAAACCAGCGUUCAAGCGGUCGCUGCUGGCUCUUUGCCUCCACAAAUGUUUUCCGUGUGGCACUAAUGAAGCGAUAUAAUCUCGAGAGUUUCGAGCUGUCACAGCAAUAUCUCUUCUACUGGGACAAACUCGAGAAGUCAAACUGGUUUCUUGAACAGAUCAUCGAUACUGCUGGGGAAGACCUCGAAGGCCGCCUUGUUCAAAACUUACUAGGUGACAUCGUCUCAGAUGGUGGCCAGUGGGAUAUGGUUUACAAUCUCGUCGAGAAGUAUGGUAUCGUGCCUCAGACCCUGUACCCAGAUACAUGGAAUGCUCAAAGCUCCGGUGUUCUCAACAACGUCAUCAAGACCAAGCUUCGCGAGUUCGCUCUUAAGCUAAGAGGAUUGGUCAACUCCCACACGGGUGUGUCUGCUACGACACUUUCAUCAGUCAAGGACAAGAUGAUGCGCGAGAUCUCUCUUAUCAUGACUCUCCUCCUCGGGCCACCACCUAGCCCCGAGGAGGCUUUCGUUUGGCAGUACAAUGACAAGAACGGAAAGGCUCAUGAACUCAGGGCCACUCCUAAAGAGUUCGCCAAGAACAUAUACAGCUCCGAAUUCCGGGUCACAUCUACCACAAUCGAGAGUAUGAUCUCACUUGUGCAUGACCCUCGUCACGAGCCGCUCUCGCUACUCUCAGUCUCGCGACUUGGAAACAUUGUCGGUGGACGUGGAGUCAGCUAUGUCAACGUCGAUAUCAAUACUCUCAAGCAAACCUGCAUCAAGAUGCUCAAGGCCGGUCUUCCCAUUUUCUUCGGCAGCGACGUUGGCAAGUUUAGUGAUUCCAAAUCGGGUAUCAUGGAUCUUGACCUCUUCAACUACGAACUUGGCUUCAAUACCAGCUUGCUCGGUAUGAGCAAGGCACAGCGACUGACGACAAGGGAGAGCCAGAUGACACAUGCCAUGGUGUUGACAGCUGUGCACCUUGACGAUGAGACGGGCAAGCCUGUCCGCUGGAGGGUGCAGAAUAGCUGGGGGGCUGCUGCGGGCGAUAAGGGCUGGUUCGUUAUGAGUGACGCUUGGCUGGAUGAGUUUGUAUACCAGGCUGUUGUUGAUCCCCGAUUUUGCAGCAAAGAGGUCAAAGACGUCCUGAAGAAGGAGGCCAUCAUCCUGCCUCCUUGGGACCCUAUGGGUGCACUGGCUUAA